CUAUUACAAGCUUCAUGUCCUAUAACACAGUUACUGCAGAUCUGUAGCUUGCUGGUCUGAAGAAUUUGAGAUGGACGACCAUUGAGCUGUGUGAAGUGCUACCAACAGUGGUAUACCUCUUGCAUCUCAUUAAAGAACAAGAUGGAGAAUGCGGAGCUAGAUAUGCAGACGUACAUUGCUAUUGGCUACAUGUCCAUAUUUUCGGUGGUGGGGACGAUCGGUAACGCCCUCGUUUUGUACGUCUUUCCCCGGUACAAGAAAAAGCAUACCUCAACCAUUUUUAUCCUUACUCUGGCCGGUGUCGAUUUCGUCACGUGUUGUGUUACAAUUCCAUUUGCCAUCGCUACAGAAGCAGCCAAUUUUCAACUUAAGUAUGACAUAAUAUGUCAGAUUUAUCUUUUUCUUAUUACGACAACUGUUCCGUUUUCGGCAUCUAUCAUGGUAGCAAUAGCGGUGGAUAGAUAUUUAUGCAUUGUGUACCCUUUCAAACAUGCAAUCAUUAUGACAAUACGACGAGCGAAAAUUGUUGUUGGGAGUCUGUGUGCGUUUGCUUCACUUCUUGGGAUUAUAUGUUGCUCUCAUUACAGAAUAACACCAGUUCCCAUGCUAAUCGCAGUGUACCAAAAUAUCACCUUGUUGCCAAACUCAUCAAUAUCUUACACUACACGUUAUGAUUAUGUUUGUUUGCCACAAGAAACGAAAUUCUUUUAUAUUUAUCAGAAAAUAUACUCGUCGUUGUUUGGAAUGUGCGCCCUAAUUAUCAUCAUUUUGUACGGUAUGAUAUACAGAUCCGUUUUAGCUCGUCGAAGAAAGAAGAAUGCAGAACAGACCAGGAUCACUUUCCUUAACAAUAUAGACGAGACAAAUGUGCAGGACGCACACAAAGUAGAAGAAAGAUGUAAUAAAGCUGUGCAAAAGAACGGAAAUACACAGAUUAGCAUCGGGGACGUUAUUUUAAAACUAGGGGGAGUAUCAAAAGCCAGACUUGAGAAAAUGCGCAUUGCAAACAUUAAAACGACCUUUUUGCUGUCUAUCGUAGCUUUGGUGUUUAUCGUAGCUUUUCUUCCUUCAUGGUUAGUGGCCCUUAAGGUCCUUCCAUUAAAUAUCAUUGUAUUUUACAUGUAUUUCAUUUACCAUGUUGUUAAUCCUGUCAUUUAUGCCUUCUUAAACGAGAAGUUUAGGGAACAACUAUCACAAAGAUGUUGUUGUAGAAAAUAGUAAAUAGAGGAAUUCUCA